UUUCAUUCACAAAUGGAAUUUUAGAUAAAUUUGAGGGUAUCCCUGCAAAUACUUCCCCCUAAUUUGUUGCUUUUGUCUCCGGUCAUCUCCCCACUCUGCUUCUUCUUCUUUUUUCCUUUCUUUCUUCACCGGCCGGAAAAUAUCAUCUUUUUUCCGGCGAGGGCAGAACUCAUAGUCUGUACAUAUUUAUCCCCGGAAAUGUCUGUAAUUCCAUCGAAGUCCCUAUCACUGUCCCUCAAACCCUACCGGAACAACCCCAGACCUAAGAUUCCCCUCAACGCCCUGAAAAAGAGACCUUUUUGCUGCUCCCAAGCACCGGAAUUCUCUCGAAACUUCAGAGGCGGCGCGUUGGUGGCGGUUGCAUGUUCUACUUCCUCGCCGCUGUUUGGGAAAGUCGGGUGGCACAGAAGAGAAGGGAAUUUGUCUUUGCUGUUGUUCGGAGAAAGCCGCCGUAGAACAACUGUAGCGGUGGAGGUCGAAAAGAAGGCCGAUGUUUCCCAAGUGUUGUCGGCAUUGCUUCCCUUUGUUGUCGCGCUCACUUCCAUUGCCGCCCUUUCUCAGCCCGCCACUUUUUCUUGGGUGUCAAAGGAAUUGUAUGCUCCUGCACUUGGAGGAAUCAUGUUGUCUAUUGGAAUCCGGCUUUCCAUUGAUGAUUUUGCUCUAGCCUUUAAAAGACCUGUGGCAUUGUCGAUUGGAUUCAUUGCACAAUAUAUUGUAAAGCCAGUGCUCGGUGUGCUGGUGGCACGGGCGUUCGGGAUGCCUAAAAUGUUCUACGCUGGUUUCGUUCUCACGUCUUGUGUUGCGGGAGCUCAGUUAUCGAGCUAUGCGAGUUUCUUGAGCAAAAGCGAUGUGGCCUUCAGUAUACUGUUGACGAGCUCAACUACCAUUGCGUCGGUUCUCGUCACUCCACUGCUAACGGGCCUUCUCGUUGGCUCUGUUGUUCCCAUCGAUGCGGUUGCCAUGUCAAAGUCUAUAUUGCAGGUUGUUCUUGUGCCCGUUACUCUGGGCUUAGUCCUGAACACCUAUGCUAAACCGGUUGUCUCGGUUAUUCAACCCGUGAUGCCAGUCGUGGCAAUGGCGUGCACAUCGAUGUGCAUUGGCAGCCCUCUCGCCAUAAACCGGGCUCAAAUUCUUUCCACUGAAGGCGCGAAAUUGCUCGGUCCCAUUUUGGCUUUCCAUGCCGCGGCAUUCACCUUAGGUUAUUGGAUUCCCAAAUUUCCAAUUUUUAGGUUCAAUGAAGGGAGCUGCAGGACAAUCGCGUUAUGCACAGGGAUGCAGAGCUCGACUUUGGCGGGGCUGCUUGCUACUCAGUUCCUCGGGAGCACUCAAGCCGUUCCCUCAGCAUGCUCAGUCAUCGCGAUGGCUAUUAUGGGCCUCUGUCUAGCCGCUUUCUGGGGAAGUGGAUAUCGUAUCCGAGACUUGGCCUCUCUGGUAAAUCGACACAAGCCCGGCCCCUUCGUCUUUCUGAAGAGAUCAAUAACUAGUAAGCAGCAUAACUUGUAGAGGAGAAUAGCUUAGAAGAUGAACAUGUUGGACAGCAAUGACUAGUUGGUGGCUGUUCUGUGCAUAUUUCUCUUAGCCUGAGGUGUAAUUUUGUUGUAUAAAUCAUGUAUGGCUGUAUGAGUUUAGGAAUGUGAUGUAUAUUAGAUUUACCAGAUAUGGCUUUGAAUGCAACUUCUUCUUUUUGCUGA